AUGCCUUCCGCCGAGUCAAAACCCAAGACCUUGUAUGACAAGGUCUUUCAAGACCACAUCGUCAACGAGCAAGAAGAUGGUACUUGCUUGAUUUAUAUUGACCGACACCUCGUUCACGAGGUCACCUCCCCACAGGCCUUCGAGGGUCUCAAGAACGCCAGCCGAACAGUCCGCCGGCCGGACUGCACUCUGGCUACAGUUGAUCACAACAUCCCCACCACCUCACGAAAGAAUUUCAAGAAUGCCGCGGAUUUCAUUAAGGAGAAUGAUUCGCGUCUCCAAUGCACAACCCUGGAGGAGAACGUGAAGGACUUCGGCCUCACCUAUUUCGGUAUGGGUGACAAGCGUCAGGGUAUUGUCCACAUCAUCGGACCGGAGCAGGGUUUCACUCUGCCUGGCACAACUGUCGUCUGUGGUGACAGCCACACCUCCACACACGGUGCUUUCGGUGCUCUUGCAUUCGGUAUCGGAACUAGUGAAGUCGAGCACGUCCUCGCAACCCAGACACUCAUUACCCGUCGCAGCAAGAACAUGCGCAUCCAGGUUGAUGGCGAGCUUCCCGCUGGCGUCACUAGCAAGGACGUGGUUCUUCACAUCAUCGGUGUCAUCGGCACUGCUGGUGGUAAUGGUGCUGUUAUUGAAUUCUGCGGAUCCGUCAUCCGUGGACUGAGCAUGGAGGCCCGUAUGUCAAUGUGCAACAUGUCCAUUGAGGGUGGUGCGCGUGCCGGUAUGAUUGCACCCGACGAGAUCACUUUCGAAUACCUCAAGGGCCGUCCUCUCGCUCCCAAGUACGGUAGCGCAGAGUGGAACAAGGCCACCAGCUACUGGUCCAGCCUGAAGUCGGACGCUGGAGCCAAGUACGAUAGCGAGGUCUUCAUUGAUGGCAAGGAUAUCAUUCCUACCAUCUCAUGGGGUACCUCUCCCCAGGACGUGGUCCCCAUCACCGGCGUUGUCCCUGGCCCCGAUGAUUUCGAAGACGAGAACCGCAAGGCCUCUUGCAAGCGGGCUCUCGAGUAUAUGGGUCUCGUCGCUGGUACACCCAUGAAGGAUGUUGUGGUUGAUAAGGUCUUCAUUGGAUCUUGCACAAACGCCCGUAUCGAGGAUCUGCGUGCCGCAGCUAAGGUAGUCAAGGGCCGUAAAAUUGCAUCCAACAUCAAGCGCGCUAUGAUCGUCCCUGGAUCUGGUCUUGUCAAGGAGCAGGCUGAGUCUGAAGGUCUUGACAAGAUCUUCACUGAUGCUGGUUUCGAAUGGCGUGAGGCUGGCUGCUCCAUGUGCCUGGGUAUGAACCCAGAUAUUCUAUCUCCCAAGGAGCGCUGUGCUAGUACCUCCAACCGUAACUUCGAGGGUCGCCAGGGUGCCCAGGGCCGUACCCAUCUCAUGUCCCCCGCUAUGGCUGCCACCGCUGCCAUUGUCGGCAAGCUCGCUGAUGUUCGUGAACACGUCGUCGCCAGCCCCGUCCUCGGCAAGGCCUCACCCAAGGUUGAUGUUCAGCAGCCCAAGUUCGCAUCCCCCGAGACCGAGGAUGAACUUGACCGCGUCCUGGACUUCCCUGCCGACAAUGAGCCCCACGCCAACUCUUCUGCCCCUGCCAGCGGUGGUGGCAAGAGCACCGAUCGCGCCAACGUCGACACCGAUGCCAUCAUCCCCAAGCAAUUCCUCAAGACUAUCAAGCGCACUGGUCUCGGCAGCGCGCUGUUCUAUGAGCUCCGCUACACCGACGACAAGGAGAACCCAGAUUUCGUCCUGAACCAGGGCAUUUACCGCGACUCCAAGAUUCUGGUUGUUACCGGCCCCAACUUCGGCUGCGGUAGCUCCCGUGAGCAUGCCCCCUGGGCCCUGCUAGACUUCGGUAUCAAGUGUAUCAUCGCCCCCUCCUUCGCCGACAUCUUCUUCAACAACACCUUCAAGAACGGCAUGCUGCCUGUCGUCGUCUCUGAUGAGGUUGCUCUGCGGAAGAUCACCGAUGAGGCCCGCGCCGGCCGUGAGGUCGAGGUUGACCUUGUCAACCAGGAGAUCAAGGAUGCUCAGGGUAACAAGAUCACCUCCUUUGAGGUCGAAGAAUUCCGCAAGCACUGCCUUGUCAACGGCCUCGAUGAUAUCGGUCUUACUCUCCAGAUGGAGUCUAAGAUCCGCAAUUUCGAGACCAAGCGCACCCUCGAGACCCCUUGGCUGGAUGGCAGUGCUUACCUUCGCCGUGACCGCCGCGGCGCGACUAUGGUCGAGGCUGCUCCAGUUCCCAAGACCAACCGUGGCGAUGUGAAGAACGAGCCUCUUGAGUGGUAG